AUGGACGGCAUUGUCCCAGACAUAGCAGUUGGUACAAAGCGGGGAUCGGACGAGCUCUUCUCUACCUGUGUCACUAACGGACCCUUUAUCAUGAGCAGCAACUCAGCCUCUGCAGCAAACGGAAAUGACAGCAAAAAGUUCAAAGGUGACAACAGAAGUACAGGUGUGCCCUCCAGAGUGAUCCAUAUCCGGAAGCUUCCCAGUGAUGUCACCGAGGGCGAGGUCAUUUCUCUGGGACUGCCUUUUGGGAAGGUCACCAACCUCUUGAUGCUGAAAGGGAAAAACCAGGCCUUCAUUGAGAUGAACACAGAAGAGGCAGCCAACACUAUGGUGAACUACUACACCUCGGUGACACCUGUGCUCCGUGGCCAGCCCAUCUACAUCCAGUUCUCCAACCAUAAGGAACUUAAGACUGACAGCUCACCCAACCAGGCACGGGCCCAGGCCGCCUUGCAGGCAGUGAACUCAGUUCAGUCUGGGAACCUGUCGCUGGCCGCCUCAGCUGCUGCUGUGGAUGCUGGGAUGGCGAUGGCUGGCCAGAGUCCAGUGCUCAGGAUCAUUGUGGAAAACCUCUUCUACCCAGUCACCUUGGACGUGCUUCACCAGAUCUUCUCCAAGUUUGGCACAGUUCUGAAGAUUAUCACUUUCACCAAGAACAAUCAGUUCCAGGCACUGCUGCAGUAUGCCGAACCCGUGAGCGCUCAGCAUGCUAAGCUGUCGCUGGAUGGGCAGAACAUCUACAAUGCUUGCUGUACACUCCGCAUCGACUUCUCUAAGCUCACCAGCCUCAAUGUGAAGUACAACAACGACAAGAGCCGAGACUACACCCGUCCUGACCUGCCCUCUGGUGACAGCCAACCCUCUCUGGACCAGACCAUGGCCGCAGCCUUUGGUGCACCUGGUAUAAUGUCAGCCUCUCCGUAUGCAGGAGCUGGUUUCCCUCCCACCUUUGCCAUUCCUCAAGCUGCAGGCCUCUCUGUUCCCAAUAUGCAUGGGGCCCUGGCCCCUCUGGCCAUCCCAUCAGCGGCAGCAGCAGCGGCGGCAGCUGGCCGGAUCGCCAUCCCAGGCCUGGGAGGGGCUGGAAAUUCUGUUCUGCUGGUCAGCAACCUCAACCCUGAGAGAGUCACACCCCAAAGCCUCUUUAUUCUUUUCGGCGUGUAUGGCGAUGUGCAACGGGUGAAGAUUUUGUUCAAUAAGAAGGAGAAUGCCUUGGUACAGAUGGCAGAUGGGAGCCAGGCCCAGCUGGCCAUAAGCCACCUUAACGGACAUAAGCUGCAUGGAAAGCCUGUGCGCAUUACCCUCUCCAAGCACCAAAACGUACAGCUGCCCCGGGAGGGCCAGGAGGACCAGGGCCUCACCAAAGACUACGGGAACUCACCCCUCCACCGCUUCAAGAAGCCUUUCUCCAAGAACUUCCAGAACAUCUUCCCACCCUCAGCCACCCUGCACCUUUCCAACAUCCCGCCCUCCAUAACUGAGGACGACCUCAAGAUGCUGUUCUCCAGCAACGGUGGAAUUGUCAAAGGGUUCAAGUUCUUCCAGAAGGAUCGCAAGAUGGCGCUGAUCCAGAUGGGCUCAGUGGAGGAGGCCAUCCAGGCACUCAUCGACCUGCACAACCACGACCUGGGAGAGAACCACCACCUGCGGGUGUCCUUCUCCAAGUCCACUAUCUAG